AUGCUCGACAUCGCAUUCUCUGACUGCCUGAGGUCGGGCGACAUCGCCCGCAUGCACGGCAUAUCGAAACGAUGGGUGAUGGCAUUGCGCUUGUAUGUGUGUGGGAUGCUUCUGGCUUGUCAAAACCUUGUUCUGGGCUGUCUUAUCAUGCUUGCGUCAACGAACAGGCCGCUCUUCAUUAUGACGCGUCUGGCCUGGGAUGAAACAGGUGAACGCCUUGCACUUGGCAGCGGGACGGAAGGCUGCGACACUUCGGUCUUCCAUGUGCUCGUUGCUAGAAUGCGGAUGCUCAUUGCCUUUGAGGAUCCGACUGGCCCCGAGGCGCCUCCAAAGGUUUUCUCCUACUCCUUCAUCAUGCCUCCUUUGGUGGUGCCAUCGACGUCUGCAGGGAAUAUUUACCAUGCAUUGUUUUGGUCGGAGUUCACUGGGCCGAUAUUUCAUGCAGUGACGUUGUUGCAACAGAGAGCUCGCUUCGUUAUCAAUUUGAAUGAGACGGAUGGCGCUCACGCGAAUGACAAAUUAGCUGCGUUUCUUCUGUCAUGCAACAGCCUUCCAAAUUUUUUGUGGGAGCACUUGCAUUGCGCUCUGCAUGCGAACCAAUUGGUUGAAGCAUCCAUCUUGACGAGUCUAGGCACGAAGAUCUUAUCCCGGAUGUAUUCGCUGUCGCUGUUUUUGCACACCAGCGGCUAUUUCCUCAGGCUUGUGCGCAUGCUGAAACCCAUGAUUACGGACGCCAUUCACAUACGCACUGAGGAGGAGCAUGGCCGUCCGACUGAGCAGAUGGUUCAAUAUGGGAACGAGCUCAGAAAUUAUGUGAUGUGCCGCCGGAAUCGUUUUGUUCGGCUGCAGGCUCGGAUUCGACACCAUUGGCUUCGAGCUGACAACCCGCAUUCUGAAUCCGAUGGCGACGGACAGACAGCCCCGAGCCAAGCGGAGCGCAAGUUCAAAGAACUCGUUGAUCGUUUUUUCAAAGAUUGGAAUGGCCCUCUCUGGGAUGAUUCUGGAAUCACGAUGUUCAAAUUUACUGGGGACACGCGAUCGGAGGACGCCAUAAUUUCGGACAUGGCGUUGAGUGCGCGUUCUUUUCUGUAUGGCAAGAUACCAGCGACACCUGCUGCAAAUAAGUGGACCAAGUUGGGACCGUGCGUUGAUGCCAUCGUGGUCGCUGAGCUUGCGCGCGGAACGAUGGUCAAGUAG